AUGUCCCGAUCCGCCGCGGACGCAACGCGGUUUACGGCCACCGGGCCAUACGCCAGCUCCAAGCCCGGCGCGCCCUAUGACCUGCCCGAGUCUUUGAAAUCGAAGGAUAAUGCAACACAGCCCAAGCAAGCUCAACCACUUGGUCCUGGUGGCAUGCCCGAGACUCCGAAGCAGAAGGUGGAACGACUCCGAGCACAGGCACGGGCUGCUCGGAUGGCUCAGUCUUCAUCUGGUGUGGAUCGAUUUAUUGAAUAUGGACGGCGCUUCGCCAACAAGGCUCACAAGGGCAUGGUUUACUCAUUGAUUGCCGCAUCGGGUGUCUGCGGUGUCCUUACCGUUUACUCGAUGGUCUCGCUGACAAUGUACAACCGCCGUCAACGCACACUGUGGAUCGAGAAGGAGAUGGAGACUCUCAAGCAGGCUCGCAUCGCGCAGGCCAAUGGCACCGCUAAUGCUGAGCAACUGGAGCUCGUCAAGAAAGAAGAGAUCGAAGCGAUCUACGCCAAGAAACGUGAGGAGGAGAAGGCACAGCGCCCGUGGGCCAAGGCGAAGCAAUUCUUGUUCGGCCAGAUGAAUGUGGAGGAUACCGCUGCCCCCGCCGCACAGACUACCGCCGCCUCAUCAGUUGAGAGUGCCGAGUCCAGCAUAAUUGAGGCUGCUAAUGUGAAGAAGGCCUUUGCUGAUGCAGCUGUGCCUGGUCAGUUGGACGUGAUUGCCGAGAACGCCGAGCGGGCUACAAAGGAGAAGACCAAGGGUUGGGUCAGCUGGAUGACUGGCCGGUAG